AUGGCGACUUUCACUUCCCCGAAAUCGUUCAGGAUCGCCGAGAUGCAAGAAAGCAUGGGCCAGCUUCCAUUCGUCGUAUUCAAGAAGAAUCGCCAUGAAACACACCCAUCGAUGAGCCACCUGGUCCUCCUGGUCUUCGAGGCCGUCAUGGAGGUCGUCUGCGUCAGCUUGCCGGGCUACAUUGUCGCACGACUUGGCCAUUUCGAUGCCGACAAGCAAAAGUUCCUGGCCAACCUCAACGUGAUGCUUUUCACGCCCUGCCUGAUCUUCACCAAACUCGCCUCUCAGCUGAACUCGGACAAGCUGCUCGAGCUCGCCAUCAUCCCGGUCAUCUUCGUCAUCCAGACCCUGGUGUCGUUGCUCGUUUCGAGGCUCGUGUCCAAGGUGUUUGGCUUCAACAAGCGGGCCUCGAACUUUGUUACGGCCAUGGGUGUCUUUGGCAACUCCAACUCUCUCCCCAUCUCGCUCGUGCUGUCCUUGUCCCAAACCAUAUCGGGGUUGCACUGGGACCGGAUCCCCGGCGACAACGAUGACGAGGUCGGCGCUCGAGGCAUCCUGUACCUCUUGGUCUUCCAGCAGCUCGGGCAGCUGGUUCGCUGGAGCUGGGGCUACCACGUCUUGCUUGCGCCCAAGAGCAAGUAUCCCGAGUACUGCGAAGAAAACGCCGAAGAGGGUAGAUACCGGGACGACCCCGACGAGGAAGACGCCGUGCCCGCGAUCACCGGCGUCGAUCCUGCCCUUGUUGUGGAGGCUCAUGAAGCUCAUGAACAUAAUUCGAUCUUUGACGACUCGGACGGCUAUGAGCCCGCCGGUCGAACACCGGUUGGAUCACACUCGAGAGCUUCGCCCAACGACUCGGAGGAUGACGAGGAGGAGAUCGUCCACACGCCGACGAAGAAGGGCAAGGGACACAUUGCCGGUCCUAUCAACGGCGAUUAUAGGACGCUGUCUGAUGGCUCCCUCGAUGGAAUGUUGUCCUUCCCGCGGAUCCGUAACAAUGACGACAUCGAGAUCCCCGAGGGCCUGAAGGGAGUCCAAGUCCGCGUCCGGAUCUUGGCUCGCAAGACCAGGCAACGAGUCACGGGAUCUGCUACAAAGGCAGGAAGCCGUGUCUACGCCAGCCUCCCCUCCUGGGCCCAGAAGACCCUGAUAGUCCUCCACCGGGGCUGGCUCCGCUUCUACGCCUUCCUCUGGGAGUUCAUGAACCCGCCGCUGUGGGCGAUGCUCAUCGCCAUCGUGGUGGCGUCGAUCCCGGAGCUGCAGAAGCUCUUCUUCAAGGAGGGCUCCUUUGUCAAGAACAGCGUCACCAGCGCCGUCAGCCAGAGCGCCGGCGUCGCCGUGCCGCUGAUCCUCGUGGUCCUGGGCGCCAACCUGGCGCGCAACACGCAGAACCACGACAGCCGCGACCCGGAGGAGGCGCAGAUCGGCAAGAGGCUGCUGGUGGCGUCGCUGGUGUCGCGCAUGCUGCUGCCCACGCUCGUCAUGGCGCCGGUCCUGGCGCUCUUCGCCAAGUUUGUGCCCAUCAGCAUCCUCGACGACCCCAUCUUCGUCAUCGUGUGCUUCCUGCUGACGGGGGCGCCGAGCGCGCUGCAGCUGGCGCAGAUCUGCCAGAUCAACGGCGUGUACGAGUCCGUCAUGGGCAGGAUCCUGUUCCAGAGCUACGUCAUCUGGAUCCUGCCGUCGACGCUGGUGCUCGUCAUGAUGGCCCUCGAGGUUGUCGAGUGGGCCAAGUGA